UUGAUUUAUGAUGAUUUUCGAGCACCUCGAUUUGGAGGUUUUGUGUUUCCAUCUUUGCAUUGUUGUUUUCUUCCCUCCUCCAUUGGUUGAACUUGAAUGAAAAGCUUGGGAUGUUUGGCCCAAGGAGUAGAAACUGAAGUCCACUAUUCUAACUUCUUACCCGAAAUAGCCAAAACUUUUCAUUCAAAUUCAACUAGAAAGUUAUUAUUGAUCUAUCAAUUUGAUUUUAAUCUACAGGCGUGCGUUGCAAUUUGGGAAGGGAUUGAGUUUGUAACUGGAGUACGGGCAACCUCAUUGAAUUCUCUUCGAUCAACGUGGGGAUGAAGUUCUUUCACCAGUUGGAGUCUGGAAAAACUUUUGCUAGACUAAUCUAUUGCUACUGCCUUUUGGUGAAAUCUUUGUGCUCUAAUGUUAAAAAGACUCCAACUUUGAAUCGUUAAUUAUAAACUAGUGUUAUUUGCUUGUAAAUCUUACUUAUAGUUUGAAAUGAGUGCUUGGCGAAAGUGUUGUUCGAAUCGGUACGUGUAAGUUUAAAGAUUCUUAUUUCAGCUCUGAAUCAGAUCAGAGUCUUUUAAACUUAAUCAACCGACACCACCACACCCCACUCUUGUUCUUCUCCACGUGGGAGUUCCCAAAUUGGUUGAUUUGUUAUCUCUUUGAAUCAUCUCAAAUCAAGAAAUUUCAGAACAGGUUUGGGGAAAUUUGAUAAACUACACUCUCUUGCUCGAACUUUGCAAGGUAUAAAUUCAAAGAUUCAAUCAGUGUAGGUUUACCCAAAAAACUAAUGGGGUAAGUCCAUUUUGGACUCAUGUGGAGGGCACAUGUUUAGGCAAAGCCUUAUCUCUUUGCCAGUGGGCUCACAAUCAAUACGGACAAGACAAGAAAUGCUUCCUAACACCGUCAUUGUCAGCGACCAUCAAUUGGGGGACCAUGGAAUCAUUGUGGUUCCUCUCAUAGAUUUUGAUUUCUGAGGUGUUGAGAAGGCUUUAACCUUUUUGUCACUGAAAUGGAUGGUGGAAGCUCUGAAUCCCCAAAUAUGGGUUGUAACAAGACCAUAGUAUGGUUUCGUAGAGACCUCAGGAUUGAGGACAACCCUGCUUUAGCUGCUGCUGCUAGGAAUGGUUUUGUAUAUCCUGUGUACAUAUGGUGUCCUAAAGAAGAGGGACAAUUCUAUCCUGGUCGGGUAUCGAGGUGGUGGUUGAAGCAAUCCCUUGCCCAUUUGAAACAGUCUCUUAAAUCACUUGGUGCUGACCUAGUGCUGAUGAAAACUCAGAGUACUAUUUUCUCUCUUCUGGAGUGUAUCAAUGCUACUGGGGCAACAAAAGUAGCAUUUAACUGUCUCUACGAUCCCAUUUCACUUGUCCGAGACCACAAUAUUAAAGAAAAACUAGUUGAACUCGAAAUUUCUGUGCAGAGCUACAAUGCAGAUCUUUUAUAUGAGCCAUGGGACGUAUAUGAUGAAAAUGGGAAUGCUUUUACGACCUUCAAAGAAUAUUGGGAUAAAUGUCAUCUUUUGCAAAAGGAGUUGGUUUCAACUCUCCCUCCAUGGAAACUACAGCAGGCUGCAGGAAUGGUGGGAAGUUGUUCUAUUGAGGAACUAGGUCUUGAAAAUGAAUCAGAAAAAUCUAGCAAUGCAUUACUAGCUAGAGCUUGGUCUCCAGGCUGGAGCAACGCUGAUAAGGCUUUGGCGGAAUUUGUAGAAAAUCAUCUGCUAGAAUAUGCAAAAAAUAGGCAACAUCUUGGUGGUACCUCCACAUCCCUACUGUCCCCGUACCUACAUUUUGGGGAAGUAAGCGUUGGUAAGGUUUUCCAAAAAGUGAGAUUGAAACAGAUAUUGUGGGCAAGAGAGGGAAAUGCUUCAGGGGAACAAAGCGCAGAACUGUUUCUCAGGGCUAUAGGGCUCAGAGAGUAUUCUCGUUAUAUAUGUUUCAACUUUCCAUUCACCCAUGAGAGAUCAUUGCUAAGCAGUCUGAAGUUCUUUCCUUGGCAUGCUAGCCAGGAUAACUUUAAGGCUUGGCGGCUGGGUCGAACUGGUUACCCAUUGGUUGAUGCAGGAAUGAGAGAGCUUUGGGCAACAGGAUGGAUACACAACAGAAUUAGAGUGAUUGUUUCUUGCUUUGCAGUUAAAGUUUUGCUUCUUCCCUGGAAAUGGGGAAUGAAGUAUUUUUGGGACACUCUUUUAGAUGCAGAUUUAGAAAGUGAUAUCCUUGGUUGGCAAUAUAUUUCUGGGAGUUUGCCUGACGGCCAUGAGCUUGAGAGAUUGGACGAUCCACAGAUUCAAGGAUCCAAGUAUGAUCCAGAUGGAGAAUAUAUUAGGCAUUGGCUGCCUGAGCUGGCACGAAUGCCAACUGAAUGGAUUCAUCACCCUUGGGAUGCACCUCAGACUGUCCUACAAGCUUCAGGAGUUGAGUUAGGUUUGAACUAUCCGACACCGAUAGUUGAGUUAGAUUUGGCUGCUAAUCGAUUGACAGAAGCCAUAAUCAAAAUGCGGGAAAUUGAAGCGGCUGCUGGGGCAAACUCAAAUGGUACAAAUGAAGUUGUUAUGGAUAAUGCAGAUAGGAUUCAAUCUGUAGGUACUACAAAUGUUGCUGCAGCAGCAAAAACAUGUGCUACUAAUUCUUCUAAUGACCAGAAGGUACCAACAAUCCAUAAUUCAAAGGUCAGUAAUAAUCCAUUGAGUAGGAAACGGUCUAAAGCCAAGGAAGAGAAAGGAGAAUUUCAGUAUAAUAUUCGCAACAACGUACAAAAUGAAGCUGGGACCUCAAAAUUUGAUGAUGAUUUAUGCUCUACUGCUGAAUCUUCAUCAUCUAAGAAACCAUCCACCAGUAGAACUUCCUUUUCUGUUCCACAGUUUUGUUCCUCAUCAAAAGAGCUGCCACAGUCAUCUGAAGAACAUACUGAUAGAUGAGAGCCCGAUUAACGAUAGAGCUACAGAAAGAUAAUGGUGUGACAAUGGUUCUACCUCAAUAACUGUUGGCUUGCGUGUUUGUACACAUGUUUAAUACACAUUUCAAUAUCUAAGGGACUGAGUUUAGAUACCUUUCUUCCAGCUAUCUGUACAUAUAAACAAAUUUACUCAAAAUGCAUAAGUGUACAAAACUUAUUUUUUUUUUUCAACUUUGUCAAAAUAUUUGCAGCUAGCCUUGUAAUUUGAUUUCUUUGAGUUCUCAAGUUUCUGGACCAUGGACAUGCUAUUGAAGCAUAUAUCAUUCAAAUUUGUGUUGGCUGCUUUAGGACCAGAUUUUAGUCACUGUCACUGAGGAAUGAGAUAUGUUUCAAUAGCAUUUAGGUCAAGUUUACCUUAGUGGAAACAUUAUAAAUCAACGAAAAUAAAAAAAAAAGUGAGUCUUGUUUGAUUA